GGUGGGGGAUAGUGGUGGGAGGAUGACCAGUGAGAUCCUCUGUUUGCAAACCUCACCAAUCAGAGAGGAAGAAAGAGAAGGACACAGCUCUGAGCAGGAGCUUGAUUCCUAUUUGUCAGUAGUAGAGAGAAGUAGCAGCUGUUGCAGCUCUCUCUCUCUCGCUCCCUCUCUCUCUCCCUCUCUCGUUCUCUCUCUCUCCCCCGCACACAGACGGAGGCUGUAAAGUAGGAGUCGGUCUUGAGGCUUUGCUCCCUCACUGAAGCGGAUGAUGAUGAUGAAGAGCAGUUUUCUCUCGCAGACUCUGUAGUUUGUUCUCUGCUCCCAGACGUCUCUCUCUCCCUCUCUCUCUCUCUCUCUCUCUCUCUCUCUUCCUCUCCCUCUUUAUUAACUGUGGAGUUUAAAUUAAAUCACACCACUUACUUCCUCUGUUUCCCCCCCGGUGACAUGUGGUUUUGUGGUGGGAUUCUACGUGUUGCCUGGCUGCUGCAGAGACGUCCUCUGGUUGGACUGUGGACAGUGUCCUCUGUACAUCCUGUGGUUUGAACCUGUGGUUACGGUGACCAUCAAAUGCCAGGUCCUUCUGUGACAUGGAAUACACCGGACUAUACAGCUUCAUCUCUUACUUUAUUCUGAAUUCUCCCUUCAUGGUCCCUGCCAACGCUGCAUUUACUGAAGCCCCCAGUGAUGUGAGUGUGGGGGAGGGAGAAGACGUGGAGAUGCCCUGCGCCUUCAAGGCUGUCAGCUCCAUGCCCAUGUCCCUGGAGAUCCAGUGGUGGUACCUGAAGGAGGAUGUGUCACAGGAGUUCCCUUACAGCAGUGUUCCAGCCAACAGGGCCAAGGUCAAUCCGAGGGAAGCCACAAAAAUAAGUACUGUGCGUGUGCAGGGCAAUGCCAUAUCUCAUCGCCUCAGCCUGUCCAAGGUGAAGAAGGAGGACGAGGGGGUGUACGAGUGCCGCGUGUCCGACCUGUGGGCGGACGAUACUCAGGAAUUCACCGUCCAUGCCGUACUGCGCGUCAUGCCAGGUGAGGGCAUGGUGGCCGAGGAGGCCGUUUCUCACAUUCAGAACCGCUGGCCGCAGAGGAACAGCAACUCUGGUGCUGCAGGGAGGACCACGUCUGAGCCCGGCCUGGGUCUGGGAGGAGGUCCCAGGUUAGGGAAGGGGAAGCACGCGGGGUCUCAGCAGACUCAACCUGGGCUGCUCCCAUCCAUCCUAUCAACCAGCAGCUCCGUGGUCAAGUCCUCGGCCUCACCACUGACAGGACACACGGCCAUGUUUGGGCAACGUGAAGCUGGCUGCUCCACGGUGAGCGCUCUGGACCUUUUCAUCGGUGUCACACUCCUCUUCCUGCACAAGCUCCUCCCCUUCCUGUUGGCCCACUGAAGACGCUUUGAACCACAACAGCUCUAGUCCCCAGUGCAGACACGUCA